CUAUCGCACUGAGAGAAAACUCAUAAUCUGAGCUUCACAGUUUCUUCAGCUUCUCAUACUCUGCUCUCUCUCUCUUCUUGGCUUUUAUCUUAACUUUUCCUUUUAUUUCAUCCGUUGUUUUAAAUCUCAAAGUGGGUAAUUUCAGUCACAUUAUCAAAGCUUUGAGACUUGGGGGUCAGAUACAAGAGGUUAAACAUGAAUGGAAACAGGCAAAUGGAGGUUCAUUUUAUAGAUACAGGCUUUCCUUAUACUGCUACUGAAAGCUUUAUGGAUUUUUUUGAAGGUCUAGCACAUGUUCCUGUGAAUUACUCUCAUGCUGGGCUGAUGCAUGAUCAGGAAAAUAUGUACUGGUCAAUGAGUAUGAAUGCGUACAAAUUUGGGGUUUCGGAUCCGGGGAGUACACUUUACUGUCCAAAUAAGGUAAAUGAUCAUUUGAAAAGAAUGGAUGCCCCGAGGACUUGGGACUACCCAUCGACGCAGAAUUCUGAACAGCCUGCAAUUUUAGAUGUGCGGGAUGCAGUUGUUGGCAUGCAUGCUAUACCUGAAGAAUGCACUCCAAAUCAUCAAAGCAAUAGUAAUUCUCAGGUGGUUUGGCAAGACAAUAUUGACCCAGAUAACAUGACCUAUGAGGAAUUGCUCGAUUUAGGUGAGGCAGUUGGAAGUCAAAGUCGGGGUCUGUCCCUGGAGCUUAUUGAUUUGCUUCCAACCUCAAGAUGCAAGUUUAGAAGUUUCUUACUAAGGAAAAAGUCUAGAGAGAGCAGAUGUGUUAUAUGCCAGACGAGGUACAAAAUCGGUGAGCAACAAAUGAAAUUGCCAUGCAAACACGUUUACCACUCGGAAUGCAUCAUGAAAUGGCUUAGCAUCAACAAGGUAUGCCCUGUCUGCAACAACGAAGUAUUCGGUCAAGAAUCAAGGCACUAAAGACAUCAAAACCCGACAAGCAUUAAGAGAGUAAUCAUGGGUUGGCAUCUCUCCUUCCUGUAAAACUCUGUUUCAUUA